AUGGAUAGGUUUCUUGAAAAGCAAAGUGCUGAGUCCAUCAGACGGACAAUGCAAGCCCAAGAAGAUCUUUUCAAGCAACAGGUACGAGAGCUGCAUAGAGUAUAUAAUAUACAGAAGAAGAUGAUGGAGCAACUCAAACAUAGAAGCCAGUAUUGUACUACUAACAACCAAGACCAAACCGGUCCAAGAGAGAGAACCGGAAGCUGGUCAGGCAUAGUCCUGGAAAAUGUAGCUAGAGCCAGGAACACAACAACGGCGGAACAUGUUGAAGAAAGCGAACUAGAAUUGACAUUGAGCAUUGGAAUGUCUUCUUCCUCUAUGAACAAGGACAUGGACUACUCGUCGACGACGUCAUUCAGAUCAUCAUCGGAUAAUUGUAAUAAUCAGAGCAACAAUAUUAACUGUAAUAACCAAGAAAGUAGCGGACCAACCACGCCUAUGAGCAGCUCAAGUACGACGUCAUUGGACCGAGAGAAGAAGAGACCUCAUUGGCUCUUUCAGGGACUUAGUAUUAACCGGACUUCAUGA